CUUCAGUUUUGAAUCUCUGUAUCACUACCUUACUUUCUCAAGUUAUGCUGUCCGCGACGAUAUCAUUCUUACUGAAAUGUUGGUCAACUGCGAGAAAGAUGAGUUCACGAAGUCGUGACAAUCACUUGUUCGAGUACGCUUCUGGACGUUUUUUGUUUAAUGAAAACAUUCGUCGAGCAGAGCGUCGUGUCGAAUUCAAUGUCGACGUUCGCACGAGCUGUAUGCCAUUCCGUUGGACGACCGGUAUCUGAUCUUCCUUCCAUCACCAAGUUCGCGGAAGAGGGCUUCAAUCGCGUCCUCCAAGCUACUUUCAGCGAUGGAUACUCUGUUAUCGCCAGGAUCCCUUAUAACACAACGGUUCCAAAAGGCCUCACGGUCGCGAGCGAAGCUGCGAGUUUUGGCCUGCUGCGGUCCUACAGCGUCCCAGUCCCAAGAAUGCUCGGGUAUUCACAGAACCACGACAACCCUGUUGGAGCAGCAUACCUGUUACUAGAAAAGCUUGAUGGAGUACCCCUGAGUGACCAAUGGUUCAGUAUGGGUAACAAGAAUCGGGUGAAGACCAUGAAGCAGAUUGUUGACAUCGAGAAACGAUUUAUACCAAUAGUCUUUCCAGCUAGUGGGAGCAUUUAUUACCGAAAGGAUCUAGACUCAUCACAAUUUGCUAUUCCCCUCCCUGGACAAUCAGAAGUGUCUUCAUCAGAUCAACUUGUUGUUGGUCCCACUGCACAGCAUGCAUGGUGGUACAAGGAGAGGGCGUUAUUAGCCAUUGAUAGAUGUCCAUGGGAUAGCUUUUCCACCUGUUUGGGAAGCACCCGCAAAACGUGA